AUGACCCAAGACAUAGACAAAGGCUUAAUGUACAUUUUGAGUUUACCUCACAAGGUAUUCGUCUCGAGACAUGGUUUAUUUUUAGUUUCUAAUACUCAAUGCACCUCAUACCAUAGCGUGAUUAUAAAAAGACCUAAUUUAAAACAAAACCAUCUGAAAGAGAUAUGUGCUUCAGUGAAUAAAUAGUUAUAUUUAUACACUAUUACACGGUCACGUUUAUAUACUGUGCAUGUGUUCUGCUCAAUAAUGUGUUUGUUGUUCGGGAAUUCAUGAUCAGGUAGGUUUAGGCUAACUGAGAGGGAAUACUGGCCAAAACAGAUUUACUUAUAUUGAAAGAACACGUCAUGAUCUAUAAACAUACACAGCUAGGACGACCGGGACAACUACGACAACCGGGGCGAAGGGGGCGACCGGGAAAACAGGAACAACCGGGGCGAAGGGGACGACCGGCACAACCGCCCGGACAACCGGGACAACGUAUGGGGACAACAAGGACAACCGGUACAACGUAUCGUGACAACCGGGGCAAUCGGGACAACAAGGACAACCGGGACAACGUACCGGGACAACUGGGACACCCGAGACAUCGGGGACAACCGGAAUGACCGGAACAACCGGGACAUCCGGGAAAACCGGUCAUCAGCGUUGAGCGGUCAGCGAUGA